AUGAUUCCGCUAGACAAUUCGUUUAUCAAUUUGUUCUACGUGGAAGCAAUUCUAUCCAUUGUAUUCAUAGCAUCCAUCAUAUUAAUUUGCCUCAACUUGAAAUCUCAAUCAGACAACCGCAACAACCAUAUCAGUCCCGAGAAAGAGAAAUUAAACUCUAUUGAACUACUGAGUCUCCAAUCAACAGAUAUACUAAAUGUGUUCACCAACCCUAGUUGUCCAAUAGUUGUAUCAUUUGAAUUGAACCACACGGUGACUGCUUGGAUACCGAGUUCGAGUGAAAAGCAUGUCCUAGCAUCCAAUAUAUGGCCAGUAAAUCACAUUUCCAUUAGUGAUGACGGAGUCUAUAUCAUCCUAAUCUGUUUCAACAAGCAAUCCAUCUACUGUUAUGAAGAUUUUGAAUUAAAAUGGACACAAACACAUCCCAGCAUCAAUCGGGAUGCAAAAGUUAUGGGGUCAUUCUUUAGGCAUAGGACGGUACCGGGAUAUUUAGCCAGAAAGUUGCUAAGAGCUAAACGCGGAAGCUCGACGUCGUUGGCAUCUGAGCCCCAAAGCACAAUCAUCCGAUGUCCCGAUUCUCCCAUAUUAUCCACUAGUCAACCAACGCCGUUUGUCUCCCCACCUUCUCCUUCAACACAAGCCAAGUCAUCUUUAAAAGUGAAACGUGAGCAUAUACCUGAAGACUUUGUGCUCGUGCUCAACAAUGGUACGGUGUUGGUUGCCUCUGGUGAUGAUGGUUCUUUGAAUGUCCAAGAAUUUGAACCACUUUCUGCUGCUGCCAAAGUCAAGACGCCGAGGGUUAAUGACAAGAUAAUUUGCCAGAAAUCCACCGGAGAAUUCAUCAUUGGAAUCGUUGUUAAUAACAAUUUUGUGUUUCAUGAUUUCCCCAUUAAAAUAUUCACCCAUGGGACAUAUGCAGUUACAACAAUGACCCCAUCGCGCAAGCUCAACACUCCUACCAUUGUUGCAAUUGAAUUUAUUGGUAUGAUUGUAUCUGUUUGUGACUUCACUGCCAGCUUGAUAGAUGUGCAGACUGGGAUUGUGUUGAAAACGUUCAACAUUGGACACUUUAAACCAGGUACAUUUAAGGUGGCCCAUUCACAGCCAACACACUGUAAAUUCUGUGGUUGUGUAUCAGUCACUUCAUUGUCUUUGAUAUAUGAGGAUGAUUCGGGAAUUUUGAUCGUCCACACCUUCAAAAUUGACAUGCAAAGGUCAAAAAAUAGUAUAUGUCUUCGUGCAGAAAGAGAUCCGCGAGAAAUCAGAUGUCUUGGUUUCAGUGCUGUUUGUGAGAGCCAAUAUUGGUAUGAGGAUAUAAAGUGUUGGCAAGUGAGUGACGUAAAUAUGAUCAUAGGGUUUGAGAAAGUCCGUUGUCAAGACAAGACAUCAUCGAUAAAGACAAACUCGUCUUCGGCAGUUUUCGAAAAUCAAGGACUCACUUCACUACGUCAACGAAACACCAAGGCAACUGUUACUGCAAAUGAGUCAUAUGAAGGAGUUAUCAUUUCGUUAAGUGAUGGCAAAAAGACUACCUAUCCCUUACAUUUGCAAUCCAAUGUCCAUAUUGUAUCAACUUCCAAAUACGGAUUCAAAUCGAUUCUUGUCAAUUUCGGCAAUUGUUUCAAGAUCUUUUAUCAAGGGAAUAAUAAGUUGAUUGAAAAUGAUUUAUACUAUAGCAACAACAACAGCAACAGUCUAUCAUUUAUCAACAAAAGACGAAACUUGAAGUAG